CACUAUUGUCACUAAAUUCUUUUAUACAGCAAUGAAUCAGCUAGUAUCUUAUGUUUAUUAUCGAAUCUCAGAUUUAUAAAAUAAACUUGUCUCAAAUGACAAAGUACUGCGGCUUUUUUUAUGUACAUACAUUCACAGUUCCUAUAACUGGAGGACAGAAUGAAAAAGUUCAAGCGAGCACAGGCUCAAAAUCAAGCUUCUAUAGUGAGGCAUCUAGAAGCUAAUAAUUUGGUAGAAUCCUCCAGUGAAGAAGAUGAUGAUGGAAAUGAAGAACUCCUUCAGAAAGCAGUUGGGAAGGUUCUGUCUUCAUAUCAGUACGAAGGAGGUGAUGCUGAAAAAGCACUUUCUUACCUGAUAGACACCUUCCAGUCUGGUGGAGCAGUGUGCCUGAUUUGCAUUUCAACUGUAAAGAAAACAGAUGCGAUUUGGAAUUGCAGCAAAUGUUAUUCUUUUAUGCAUCUGCCUUGCAUUCAACAUUGGAUUCGAGAUAGUCUUAGUUAUAAACAUGAGAAGGGCAUCACUCCUCUAUGGGCUUGUCCAAAAUGUCGAAUGGAAUAUCCUGAAGAUGAAGUUCCAACGCAUUACGAGUGCUUUUGUAGAAAAACAAGGGAUCCAUCGUAUUUACCUUGGUCAAUUCCGCAUUCUUGUGGAGAAACAUGCAGCAAAUUAUUACAGCCAAAGUGUGGUCAUCGAUGUGUCCUUCUUUGUCAUCCAGGACCUUGUCCACCAUGCCCAAAGAUGGUUUCAUCAAAGUGUUACUGUGGCAAACAACCAGCACGACCACGGCGAUGCAAUGUCAAAGAAUGGAGCUGUGGAAGCAUUUGCGGCAAGAAACUAAAAUGCACUCAACAUAAUUGUCGAAUAGAAUGUCAUGCCAAUGAGUGUCCCCCAUGUUCAGAAACAAUUUUGGUUGCCUGUCACUGUGGUAACAAGACGGAGGCUCGAAAAUGCAAUGAGGCUUGCUGGACUUGUGAUAAACCGUGCGGUAACCGUCUGUCCUGCAAUGUACACGUGUGCCAAGGUGUUUGUCAUCGUCCGGAUGACUGUGGCGAAUGUCCCACUGAACGAAACAGAAGCUGCCCUUGUGGCAAAACACGGUACAUGAUUUCUUGCAAGCAGGAACAAGUACCAACAUGCGGUGACACUUGCGGCAAACUUCUUGAUUGCGGAUCGCACUAUUGCAACAUGCGAUGCCAUACCGAGCAUUGUGGUCAGUGUCUAGAAGUGGUAAUGAAGACUUGUCGUUGCGGUGCUUAUAAGAAGGAACUCGCCUGCGCAAAGACUUUUCACUGUGACACCAAGUGCAAGCAGAUGCGUCUCUGUGGAAGACAUCCGUGCAACAAGAAAUGCUGCGACUGCCUAAUAAAGAACAACUUUAAUGCAUGCGAGAAAAUCUGUGAUCGCACUUUGAAUUGCAGGAAGCAUAAAUGCGCAGCUCCUUGUCACAGUGGACCCUGUUAUCCAUGCCCAAGGACGGAUGUAAUACAGUGUCGUUGUGGAAAAAGCAAGAUCACCGUUCCUUGUGGUACUGCAAAGAAGAUUAAACCACCUAAUUGCAAUAAGCUCUGCAAGAUCCCACCGAUUUGUCAUCACCCAAAAAGGGAGUCGCACAAGUGCCACCAGGGUGCCUGUCCACCGUGUCGCAAAGUUUGUGGACUCACGCAUAAGAAAUGUGGCCAUACAUGUCCAGCGAUUUGCCAUGCGAAAGUUUGGGUCAAGAUCAAAGUCAAUGGUGUGAAUAGCCAGCCCGCAGGACCCUGGGAAAGACCUCAAGAAAAGAUGCAAUUGAAGACACUACUGUGUCCGCCGUGCGAGGUUUCUGUGAUGGUGACCUGCUUGGGAGGUCAUGAGACAAAACCCUGGCCAUGUCAUAUGGCAGGACCCACUUCUUGUUUAAGACCGUGUGGACAACUGCUGACCUGUACGAAUCAUCACUGCGAACAACUUUGUCAUAAGUUACGAUCAUCCGGUGAUAGUGGAGAAGAUGCGGAUUGUGAGGAUUGCGAACGAGAAUGCGCUUUCCCCAGACCUAAGGGUUGUAAUCAUCCUUGCAAAAAACGAUGUCAUCCUGCACCUUGUGACGAUUGCAAGCAGCUUGUCAAAGUAUCUUGUCAUUGUGGAAUUAACUCACUAUACAAACGAUGUUUUGAAUUGACUUCUGCGACUCCAGAACAAAAGAACGAGAUGCUCAAAUGUGGAAAUCAAUGCCCUCGAAUUUAUCCAUGUGGUCAUCGUUGCAUCGACAAUUGUCACCCUGGAGAGUGCCAAGGUGCCAGUGGAUGCAAUAAAAAGGUGAAAUUACACUGCAAGUGUAAGCGAAUUAAAAAGGACUUCUCUUGUGCAUUAGUGCGAAUCAAUAAGGCGUUUGUCGAUUGCGACAACGUCUGUCAGGAGAAGAAAGAAGAACGCAGAAGAGCCCAUGAAUUAGAGAUGGAGAAAAAACGUAAGGAAGAUGAAAUUAAAAACCAAAAAGAGAUUGAGCAGUUUGAAAGGAAAUUUAUUAAGUCAAAACGAAAGGGAAAAGACAAAGUCCCAAUGGAAGUCUUAAAGAAGAAUGCAAGUGGACGCAUGUGGACGAAUAUUUUCCAAAUAGUCACAGUAAUAAUAUUAGUAGCUGGUCUGACAAUAUAUGCAACAAUAACCGAUUAGAGUGUUUUGUGAACGUUAAGGAAUUUUAUUUAGUGACAUUUCCUAUAAA